AUGCAAGUUCUCCUGGUGAAGAUGAGCAGGUCUAAGGUGUGGCUGUUUAUAGCAGUGGCAUGCCUAAUCCAACAAGCUACAGAUACAGAAGAACUCAGAAGACAUCUGAAUCCUCAAGAAUUUAUGACUAUUAGUCAAAUCAUCCAAUAUUGGCAAUACCCCAGUCAAGAGUAUGAAAUCCUGACAGAUGAUGGCUAUUACCUGCAGACAAACAGGAUUCCUUAUGGAAUACAUGCUCCGAAUAAGACAGGGCCUAAGCCAAGUGUAUUACUGCUUCAUGGUUUUGGAGCUGAAGGUAGGUGCUGGAUUGCAAAUCUUCCCAAUAACAGCCUGGGAUUCGUUCUAGCAGAUGCUGGCUAUGAUGUCUGGAUACUAAAUAACAGAGGGACUACCUGGUCUAGAAGACACAAGACACUUUCAAUUGACCAAGAAGCCUUUUGGGAUUUCAGUUUUCAUGAAAUGGGGAUAUAUGACGUUCCAGCAACAAUAAAAUUCAUCCUGCAGAAAACAAAGCAAGAAGGAUUAUAUGUUAUUACCCAGUCCCAGGGUAGUACACUAGGUCUUGUUGCCUUUUCAGCCAUACCAGAGCUUGCUAAAAAAAUCAAGCUCUUUAUCUGUUUAGCUCCAGCCUAUACAUUGGUGGACAUCAAGGGACCUGCUGUGCUAUUUCUGCUACUCCCUGAGGGAUUCAUAAGACUUAUAUGGGGAAAUAAAGAACUUGUGUUUCUUAGUAAGGAAGUGAAAAAUGCCAUUCCCAAGCUGUGCAGCUAUACAGUAUUGGACAAGAUUUGCCUCCAGCUCAUUUUCGUGGGUGCAGGACGUAAUGAAAACAACCUAAAUGUGAGUCGAAUAGAUGUGUAUCUUGGAUUGUUUCCUGAUUUUACUUCUGUAAAAACAUCAAUACACUGGAACCAGGUUUUUAAAUCCAAAGAAUUUAAACAGUUUGAUCAUGGCAGUAAAAACAAAGCUGUGUACAACAUGACCACUCCUCCAUUUUAUAAAAUAGAAGACAUGACUGUGCCAACAGCUGUGUGGAAUGGUGGGAAGGACCUUAUUUCAAGCAAAAAGGACAUUGAAUUGCUGCUUCCUCGCAUCCCUAAUUUAGUUUUCCACAAGUAUAUUCCUGACUGGCAGCAUGCAGAUUUUUUGUGGGGUCUUGAUGCUCCAGAAUGUCUAUUCCCCGAUAUGCUUUAUCUGAUGCAACAGUACCAAUGA